AUGCACUCGAAGACGGAGAGACGAUGCGGGCUACAAUUGCUUCGCGCCGCGGGCGGCCUGCUUCUCCUGCAGACGAGCACUCCUGCGCAGCGCGCGGGAACGGGGGAGCGCCUUCAUCGGCCGCGUCGCGAUCCGCAUAUGCGGUUCAGCGACGGCCGCUUCCGAGGGCGCCGCCCCGACGUCCACGCUGGACGCCACAAUGGGAGAUGCGAAGAGGGCGGAGGGAGAGAGCAUGGUCGCGCCGAGGGGAGGGAGCGGAGCGGAGGCGCGUUCGAAGAGUUCGUAGUCUUCGUCGGAGGGCUCAAUCCCGACGUCGUGGGGCGAGAUGCCAGCCGAGGCGCAGUCCGCCAAAGCUCGUUGGAAGACGGCGUCCAGCUCCCCGGAAGGAGGAACAUGAAGAGGGAUAGAGAUGUUGUCGGAGGGAGAGGGGAUGGGGGGAACAGAAAUGGAGAACUCAACGAGAGCUGGAGUGCGGAUUUGCACGCCGAAGACGUAGCACAGGACGACGAGCUGGAGGAAGAGAGGCCGAGGGAGAGGAGCGGGAGGGCGGGAGCGGCCUGGACGGCGCGGGGAGUGGAGGAGGUGAAGGAGGUGAACAUGAUGGGGGUGGGGGUUGUAUGGGUGGGGAUUGUAUGCGGUAAGAGCGUGCUAGGCCUGGGGCAGGGCAGAGACAAAUCUGAGGCAGAGAUGUACUGGUGA